AUGGAAGGGGCAGUGCUCUUUGGGCAUAUCUGUCUCUUUUUCAUCCUCAUGUUCUCCGAGCCAUUCAUCUACAACAACAACCUGCCAUACUGCGACAAAUACAGGUACAUCAGUGAGAACAUCUCCGUGCAGAAGGGGGUGGCCAGCGUCAUGGUCUUUCUCAUGUACCCCACAUGGUUUGUACUUGUGUCCAUCGCCUCCCGCUUCCAACCGGGUGACAUCAUCUCCCGAGUUCCUUGCACAAUCCUUGCCGUCGUGGCAUUCUCGGGUGCGUUGAAUGUCCUCAUGUACGAUCAGGACAUAGCCAGCAACCUAUCCCCUGUCGACUUCCAGCACGAGAUUGACCGACAGCAUAACAUGCACAUCCUCGGUGCUCUACAGCUCUGCACCGCCUUCAUAUUUGGUCAACUCCUGCUCGCGUUUGCUUUUUCGGCAAAGGACGUCAUUGACAACUUGCGUGCUACCAUCUGGCUAUGGAUAUGUCGAGUAUUGUCUAUCGUCACAUUGGUCAUUCUCACCCUCAAUGCACUGCUCUACAAGUACGGCGACUGCAAGACUACAACCGUCUGGCUUGAAUACUUCAUGUACUUUUUCAUUGGAGCCACCAACGCAGCUCUGUAUGUCACAUACACCGUGUUUCACACCAUAGACAAAAUGAAGUGUGUUGUUUCUUAG